GUGGAGCGGUUGUUGUUGACGCAGUCGGCGACUACUAUACAGAUUCAUCAAAUUCUGGCAGCACUAGUUCGGCAGGAGGAAAGAUUAGCCAGAAAUGGUCAUCGCCAGCUCAUACACUUAUGCGAGGAGCAGUGGUGUAGUUGUCAUUGCAACACCUCUAAGGAGAUGACCUCACGAGAGUUCUUGUCGACGAUGGUGCUCUUCGCGGAGAUUAACAAAGGUGUGGUAUCAGAGCGGUUGGCUCGGCUCAUCCUGCGAUGGUGGUCUUCCGAGGAGUCCGAUCGGGUGAAUGUUCUAGAUGCAAUACAACUCGCAAGUUUGUUAUCUAAGAUUUGUAAGGCGAGUGACUUUUAUAGUACGGAGGUGGUGGGAGAGGCGGCUGAUAUGAUCGACGCCGUUUACGAUUAUGCAUGUGAGAUCGUGGAGCAGUGUUGGAGGGAUAUGCAAAUGCUCAGAAUUUGUCAUCGUCUCUGCUUACGAGAAUGGAAAGCCUCAGAGUUCGCUGUUUUCGUGUCACAGUUGGCGGCUGCUGGUGACGCUGGACUCUACGACGCGGAGGGACUGUCGCGCGUCUGCCACUGGUGUAUGGGAAAAUACGAUAUGAAAAUUGUGAGGAAAUUUUUGUUUGUAUCUGCACACUGA